AUGACUAUUGGCGGCAAUAGAGAUAUUGCUUUGAAAAGAUUGUAUCACUUGGAACGCAAGUUCAAGAAUAACGAAACAUUUCGCGAACAAUAUGUUAAAUUCAUGUCAGAAUACGUCGAAUUAAAUCAUAUGUCAAGUGUGAAUGAGUCAGCUCAAGACUCACAACGUAUAGUAUAUCUCCCACAUCAUGGAGUUUUCAAAGAUAAUAGCAGUAGCACUAAACUUCGCGUCGUUUUCGAUGCGUCGGCAAAAAAUAAUCAGGGCAUAUCUUUAAAUGAUGCACUUCUUGUUGGUCCUGUUUUACAAGACAAUUUAAUUGAUAUAGUUUUGAGAUUCCGAUUUUACAAGAUAGCUAUUACGGCAGAUUUGCAAAAAAUGUACCGUCAAAUAUUAGUACAUAACGACGAAAGAGACUUUCAGCGCAUUUUGUGGAGAUCUUCCUCCGAUGAACCUGUGCAAGAAUAUCAGUUGAAUACUGUCACAUAUGGACAGUCUUGUGCGUCAUAUUUAGCAAUAAAGUGUUUGAGACAACUCGCAUCUGAGAAUUUAGAGCGUUAUCCAUUAGCCGCGCAUUCAUUGUUGAACGAUACUUACGUAGACGAUAUAAUUACAGGAACAAACACGAUCGAGGAUGCACGCAUUUUACAAACACAAUUGAUAUCUUUAUUAUCCGAAGGAUGUUUUAAGGCACACAAAUGGUGCUCAAAUGUAGAAAGAGCGUUAGAAAACGUGCCCAUGAAUUUACGCGAGCUCAAUGCAAAUUUAAAUCUUAGCAAUAGCGACGUCAUUAGGACGUUAGGACUCGAAUGGAACCCGGCUUCGGACGAGUUUCAAUUCACAACGCAGUCAAUAGAUAAUGCAUCUUCGAAACGUGUCGCGCUUUCAAUUGUGAGCAAAAUAUUUGAUCCGUUAGGAUUAAUUGGUCCCGUUUUGACCAUCGCAAAAAUUUUAAUGCAGGGAUUGUGGGAAUUAAAAAUAGAUUGGGACGACCCCCUUCCUGAAGCGUUUUUAAACAAAUGGAAAGAUUUUCAACGUAAUUUGAAAAAUGUAAAUUUGAUACGUAUUCCACGCGUAGUUGUCGACUUAUCGAAAUCAGGUCGAAUUUUUAUACAUGGAUUUUGUGAUGCGUCCGAAAACGCAUACGGCGCAUGCAUUUACGUACAGUGGAAAGACGAUAAUUCUACUCAAACAUUUGUUAGUUUAUUAUGUUCUAAGGCAAACGUUGCUCCCCUGAAAAGGCAAUCUAUACCGCGAUUAGAGUUAUGUAGUGCUUUGUUGCUAGCCAGAUUAAUUGUCAACGUGAAACAAGCCAUUCAGAUCAAUGUGGAUGGGAUAUAUGCCUGGUCUGAUUCCAUGGUUGCAUUAUAUUGGAUACGUGGAGAUACAUCGCGAUGGAAACCUUUCGUUUCAAAUCGUGUAACCGAGAUCAUCAGCUACUUGCCUGCCAGUCAUUGGGGACAUGUGAAGAGUUCCGAGAACCCAGCUGAUUUACUAUCAAGAGGCGCUACACCUGCGAAAUUAAAGGACAAUCAAUUAUGGUGGCACGGACCAAAAUGGUUAUCAGAACCACUGCCAGCAAAUAGCAAACAAUUUCCUCCAGAGGUUUCUGAGGAUGACAUUGCUAAUGUAGAAACUGAAACAAAGGUCAAGGCUCGUCUCUGCCAUUUGCAUACACAACAAUCGUUCCAGAAUGAAUCAAUUCACAAGCUCAUUCAAGACUGCUCAACAAUGACAAAGAUCGAGCGAUCACUUGCUUAUUGCCUUCGUUUUAGCGGUAAUUGUCGCAAGAAAGUAGGCGAUAGAUUACAAACUAAGUUGACUUUACAAGAGAUAGGGGAAGCCCGACAAAUGAUAAUCAAGUAUACCCAAGAUCUUCAUUUUCACGAAGAACUGAAAAAUUUGCAAGGUAAAGGCCAAAUGAAAGCCUCAAAUAAGUUAUAUCAAUUGCACGUAUUUCUGGAUGAAAACGGUAUUAUACGAGUGGGUGGACGUCUGCAAGAAGCUCCUUGGACUUUCGAAAGAAAGCAUCCUAUUUUGUUGCCUGCAAAAUGCAAGGUUACUCGCUUAAUUGUAGAAAGAACACAUCGCACGUUGCUGCACGCCAGUCAGCAACUAUUGUUAGCGUCAAUACGACAACAAUAUUGGCCAUUGAAUGCGAAGAAUAUAGUUUGUCAAGUUUGUCGUUCAUGUAUUUGGUGUGUCAAGAAUAAUCCUAAAGGUCUUACGCAAGCUAUGGGAUCUCUGCCCAAUGAUAGAAUCAAGCCUUCACGUACAUUUCUUGUUACCGGAAUCGAUUACGCCGGCCCAAUCAUUACUCUACUCAACAAAGGCCGAGGUAGGAAAACAUGCAAGUCCUACAUUGCUUUAUUUGUUUGUUUCGCCACAAAGGCAAUACAUCUAAAAUUGGUGAAUGAACUGUCGACUGCAGCAUUCAUAGCGACUCUGCGCAGAUUUAUUGGACGUCGCGGAGUACCACGCAAGAUUUGUAGUGAUAACGCCACGAAUUUCGUCGGUGCUAAACGAGAGCUAGAAGAAAUUUACUCCUUCGUUCGUUCAGCUGUCAAGGAUUCAAUUGACAAUGUAUUAAUAGAGAUGGGCAUAGAGUGGAGUUUUAUUCCGCCGUACUCUCCACACUUAGGAGGUCUAUGGGAAGCAGGAGUUAAAGCAUGCAAAUAUCAUCUAAAACGAGUGAUGGGCAACACUCUACUCACUUUCGAGGAGUUAUACACUGUUUUAGUACAGAUUGAGGCCUGCCUAAAUUCCAGGCCACUGUCUCCAUUAUCAUCAAAUCCUUUAGAUCUGCAACCAUUGACUCCAGGUCAUUUCCUCACAGGCGCACCAUUAACGAGCUUACCAGAAGUCGAUUUGUCAAGCAUUCAAAUCAACCGUCUCGAUCGAUGGCAAUUAAUACAACGCACUGUCCAGGAUUUCUGGAAACGGUGGGCGGCUGAGUAUAUAGCCAAUCUUCAAGGACGAAUCAAGUGGAAAACACAACAAGAAGAUCUCAAAAAAGAUGAUCUCGUAGUAUUACAUGAUGACAAUCUCCCUCCCCUUAAGUGGCGAAUGGGACGAGUGAGUGACACUCAUGCUGGCAAAGAUGGUUUGGUGAGAGUGGUCACUGUCCGCACUGCUAACGGCCCAGUCAAGAGAUCAAUAGUCAAGCUUUGUAAAUUACCCAUUGACGAACAAUUAUUUAAAGAUUAG